AUGUCCGACACUACCGACCUUCCUUUCGACACGACCCAAACCGACACGACCCCUAAUGACACACCCCAGACGGACUCUGGCACGGACACGACCUCUACCCCUGUCUCCCUGGCGAGCACACUGCCCGCAUCCACCCAGAGCACGCUCCCGGACAGGACAUCGAGCACCAACGUCGGUUUCGGAGGGAACAACAGCAGCGAGUCCUACCGGAAGGCGAUCAUCAUCGCGUCCGGGGUCAGCGGCGCGGUCGGGCUCAUCCUCAUCGUCGUCGUCUUCCUCCUCGUCUACCGCCGGAAGACGCGCGGGCGGACGCCCGCCCCGCGCGUGACGCCGUUCUCGCAGGCCGCGCCGAAGCCCACCACCCCGCUCCCGCCCCCAACCGCGUCGCACGCGCGCAAGGACAGCGACGCGACCUGGGUCGGGGCCAAGAUCUCGACGGCGUCGUUCGACGAGAGCAAGCUCGAGGCGGGCACGCGCACGAGCGACGCGCACAGCCUCGACUCGCAGGCGACGCUCGCCGACGGCUGGCAGCACGCGCGCAGCCGGUCCAAGCCCGGCGCGUUCCCGACCCCGACGCACACGCCGAAGCCGUCGAUGGAGCGCCUCCGCGUCGCGGAGCUCGCGCUCGUGCCCGAGGACCCGUUCGAGGCCGCGCGGGUGAACGUCGCCGCGCGCGCGCGCCCGUCGUUCGAGCAGUCGGAGCCCGCGGUCGCCGCCGCGCCCAUCUUGCGCCCGCGCAAGGGCUCCGCGCAGCUCACGCGGAUCGACUCGACGUCGACGUUCAAGAGCAACAUCAUCAUCGAGCAGGACGGCGAGUCGCCCGUCCCCGUCGCCGCCCCCGCGCCGACCCCACCCACCCCCGCGUACGCCAACACCGCGCGGGAGUCCCCCGGCUCGCCGAACCUCGAGAUCCCGCUGGUGACGCCGAUGCUGCCGCCGGCGGAGUGGCAGACGGCGAUGGCGAUGAGCGCGCCGCCGCUGCCCGGGUUCGCGAAGCGGGACUCGAUGGCGUCGCUCUCCCGCCAGUCCUCCCGCGCGUCCUCGAUCAACGUCCGGCAGGAGGAAGAGCUCGUGAGCCCGCGGACGGCGAAGCGCACCGGCGCGUUCAGCGCUGGGGCGCGCAAGCGGCGCUCCAAGGCGGACUCGAUCGACCCCUUCCGCAAGUCGAGCGCGUCCGUCCUCCGCCGCCGUGGCCGCGAGAGCGCCGCCGCCGUUGGGGGCCUCCUCCGCCGCAAGUCGUCCCGCCCCGCGCGCUCCGAGUCCCGCGCCCCGCUACCGCCGCCGACGCCGACGACCCCCGGCGGGCAGCGCAAGUCCCCCCGCGUCGACGCCGUGCGCGCUGCGCGCGUCCGCGCGGAGGGCCGCCGCUCCGGCGCGCCGCGGUCCACCCCGCCCACGCCGACGACGCCCGCGGGCCCGCGCCCGCGCCCGAACAGCACCGCGUCCACGGUGCCACGCACCCCGCGCACGGCGAUCCCCAUGGGCCUCCCCCGCACCCCGCGCGACGUCGCCCCGCGCCGCGCGUCGCGCGCCUCCAGCGCGUACUCGGAGCCGACCACCCCAGGCCCGCGCACCGCGCCGCUCCCCGUCCCGCCCAUGCCCGUCCCCGUCCCCGUCCUCCCCCUCGCGCCGCCGCCGCCGCCGCCCAAGACCCCGCGCGGGUCACGGCCGCUGCCGACGCCGACACCCCGCUCCGCUGGGGCCGUCGAGCCGCGCACCCCGCGCACGCCCGGGGGCCGCGCGCGGCAGACCCGCGCCCCGCUCCCGCGCACGCCGACGUCGGGCGACAUGUACUGGGCCGAGGGGCUCGAGGCGGAGAUGCCGCCCCCGCCGCCGUCGUCCUCGUCCUUGUCCGCGCGCCCGCUCCCGAGCGCGCCGGUCUCCGCGCGGCAGUUCUCGCCGUCGGACCCGAUGGAGGACGAGGUGCUGUCGGUGGUGCCGCCGGUGCCGCGGCCGCCGCCCAGCGCGCCGCUGUCGACGAGGUCGAGGUCUAGGUCUCGGGCGGACCGCAGCGCGCGGGAGCUCUCGCGGACGGCCUCCGGGCGGCUUUGA